AAUUAUUUUAUAUUAAUAGACCCCUUAGAUAAAGCCUAGUUCCACAAAAAAGCAAGAGUCUGCAAUUUUCAACUGAAAUUUUUUUAAAUUUAAUUUUUUUUAUUGUGGAUACAUGUUCAUCUAAAGGUUUGCAAAUGUCUGAAAUUAAAUAUGAUGUGGCAGUUAUUGGUGGUGGUGUGGUCGGGUGUGCUGUGCUAUUUGAGCUGACAAGGCAAGGUUUCACUUGUGUGCUUUUAGAGAAAAAUAAAUCUAUCAUGUCUGAGGCAAGCGCAGGUAACAGGUACAAAAACAUAUUUUUUAUAAUUAAUAAGUAAGUAAGAAAUAAAAUAAACUGACUUCCAAAAAAAAAAAAAAGAAAAAGAUAUGGACGUUGUUCAAUUGAUUGACAUUUAAUGUGGUCAGAGUUUUUUUCAUGGCACAAAUAAUUUGUAAAGGAUAAUAAAAGUUGUUAAAUUAUUUUUCUGAAAGUUACAUCAGUUCCCAUGGAAUUCAUUAGUUCAUGUUAUUUAUAAGUAAUUGGCUACCUUCAAUUUAUUGUGAUUUUUAUUCAACAGCGGCAUGCUACAUACUGGCUUUGAUUCUCCACUGUACAGUCUAGAACAACAAUGUAUUAGAAGUAGCCAAAAUGAAAUAUUCAAUAUCAUUAAUCAUUUUAGCAUACCAUUUAAAAAAUGUGGUGCGAUUCUUGUUGCUUGGACAGACCAUCAGGUAGGUCACAUUUAAAAACAAAUAAUGCAUUCAUUUUUAGUCGUUAGUUUAUCAAUUUAAUUGAAAAAAUAUUAUGUAAGUAGAGAAGAUCAUGGCCAAGUAUGAAUGCCCAAGAAAAUUUAUAUUCAAGGUAUAGAUAUGCGAGUUGGAAUGUGGGCUAGUAUGUGCUAUUAGUUGACUGAACAAUUCCUAGUAAGAAGCAGGUUUGCUUCCUGGCACUGAUGCCUACAGAGGGGGAGACAAUGAGAUCAGAUUAUAACUAACUUAUGGUUAAGUUUUCAACCUUAGGAGGAUAUAUGCAAAAUCCAAGUUCUAGACCAAUACUAUGAGGGAUUUCCUGUUUGUGGAUGACUGUGCCCUCAAUGAAGGAUCAGAAGUCAGCAUGCAUCUCAGUGUUGCAAACUUCUCUAAGGCUUGCACAAACUUCGGGUUCACUAUAAAUAUGAAAAACUUUGAGGAUUUGCCAUAACCAACUCCUGGAAGCCCAUAAGAGGAACCCAACAACAUAGUGAAUUUCAAAAGGCUUUAACUUUAAUGUAGUCAUACACUGCCACAAGGCAUCACAAGAGUAAGUGCAAAAUUUGGAAGAAUUUCAAAUAUUGUUUGGUCUAGAGAGUCCUCAACAUCCAGAAUAAAUUAAAACAAGGCAGUUGUUCUCAAUGAAUGUGAAAUAUGACCAACACCAAGCAAGAAAGAUGAACCAACACCAUGCAAGAAAGCUGAACCACUUCAAUACCAUAAUUCUCAUAUAAAUCCGCCACAUUAAAUGACAGGACAUGGUACCAGAUAUUGAAGUACUUACCAAACAAGAAUAUCUUAUGACGAGCUUAAACAAGUGGUCUUUUAAAGUUCAGAAGAAAUGCUUUAAAGACACCACAAAAGCUUCACUUAAAACAUCUGCAUCAACUCAGACCAAUAGGUGCAAUCAGCAGAGGUUUAAGCUUCUUCACACUCUCUGGAACCCGGUAUACAAAGGCUUCAUGCAGCACAAAAAAUCCAACACAACAGCUGUUAUAGAGCUAUUGUACCUCAGAUUACCAACUACCAGAAUCAUCCUCGUUGAUUCAAAAAAUGCACAUUUACUUGAACGAGUUCAAUAAGAUAUUACAUGUUUUCAAUUCUUUACAGACACAAACUGAGGUCAGUUUACUUGUACCUCUAACAGUUGAAUGUCUAUCACUUUCAUUUUACAGGACAUCUUUAUUUUCUUUAGUAUCUUUCGUCAUUAAAUUGAGACAAUGCACUUGAAAAUCAUUUGUUCUGUUUGUGUAACAUUAAGUCUUAACUUUACAUCUCAAACAGAAUGAAAAACUACCUCUUCUAAAACAGCAAGCACACACAGCUGGUGUCUGUGAUGUUGACUUAAUGACAGAAGCAGAUCUUUAUAAAAAAGAACCUCACCUUAAACAAGUGUAUAAAGGAGCUUUAAAUGUUCCAGGGGAGGGUGUCAUAGACUCAAACUUGCUUGGUCUUAUUUUUGCUCAGCAUGCAAGAAUGCAAGGAUCAAAGGUGAUUAUUGUGUGUGUAAAAUUAAUUAUGUCACAAAAACAUUUCUAAGUUUCUCUACUAUUCUUUCCAGGAAUCAAAACGUCUCUUUGAAAUUUAAAUCUGAAAAAGUAACACAUACUGAUUUUUUUCCUACAUUUUUUUUUCUUUCAAAAGAACAGAUUUUGACUGAUUGUCAAGUUACUGGGGUGAAUGAUAGAAUGCUAUCUACCACUCAAGGAAAUGUUCAUUUUAAAGUGGCCAUAAAUUGUGCUGGUCUGUAUGGAGAUAAAGUGGAUCAUCUGGCCAACAUUAAUACAUUUAGGUACACAUUUUUUUAAAAUAAAAAAUUUUAAUGUUUUGAACCCUUCUGGAGAGAAAGAUUAGAGUGACCUUAAUACUUAAUAUUAAUAGAAAUGAGUGAUCUAAAUCAGUAAAAGACCCUAAAGUUUCCCUUCAUUCUGUGCUUAUUAACAUGCUUAAAGUAUUCUUUAGUAUCACACCUAGGAAAGGACAGUAUUGUGUAUUUGGCAAGAGUGCUGGCAAUUUUCUGAAUUCUAUGAUAUUUCCUGUCCCAACGGAAAAAUCAAAAGGGGUUGCUUUAUUUAAUUCUGGUAUGUAGCAUUCUGAUGUUUUUUGUAAAGCCAUUCAUUUUUCUAAUCAUUAUAAAUUUGCAUGCCAGUGUCAUAAUUUUUUCAUAAUUUUGUAAUUCUAGGGUCAUCAUUUAUUAUAAUCAUAAUGUUUUACCUGUCUCUUGUUAUCUUUUAAUCAUAAUUUUGUAUCUGUCUAAUUGCUGAAUAAAAUUUUGUUAAUUCUUGCACAUGGCUUUCAUGGUAGUAACAGACUUUCUAUAAAAUUAAAGCAACAAAUAAAUUUGGAAAUAAGGAAGCAAGUAAUUUACAACUCUACUUACAAGCUGCCUAGUGGCAAUAUUACAAGUUCCCUACAUGCAAGAAAUCAUCAACUGUGUUAAGCCAUACAUUGGUUUGCAGAUAGAUAUUUUGAUAUGCUAUAUAAGUAUAAGAUAUCACUUUUAAGUUCCUUCUAAAUUUUGUAAAUUAACCUAUGCCAUUUACCAUUUUUUUGCAGUCUACAAUAAUCUUAUUAUAGGCCCUACAGCUGAAGAUGUUGAGGGUCGAUCACAGCAGCCUUGUGACCCACAAGUUCAUCUGUCUCUCUUACUAAAAGCUCACUGGAUGAUUCCAGAGCUUAGCAACUUUUCUCCCAUAGGUCAAUAUGCUGGUUUAAGGCCAGCUACAGAGUUCAAAGAUUAUCAAAUAAGAACUUACCCGCAACUGUGAGUAUUUGAAAAUAUUAAAUUAUUGAUCAAACUUAACUAGUAGACAUGUUUAGGUGAUUUAUUUUGCCUUUUACUCCGCUUGCUGCAUAGGCCAUCUACUUAAGUUUUCGUUCAUCUCGGUCCUGUGCUCUCCUUUCCAAUUGCUUCCAGGUGCAUCCCAUAUUUUGUAUGUCUGCCUCUAGAAUGCGUCGCAAAGUUCAACACUUUAAUUUAUACUAUUAAAUUGAUAUUGUUAUAGUAUAAAUUUAACCUUUAUGUAGCAUUCAUUGUGUCGACCACCACGUCUCCCCUCCCCCCAUUUUUUUUUUGUAUAUUGAUGUCACAGAUUAAAUGCGUAGUGCUGUACCAACCCUACCACUCCCUAGAUUUUGAAAAGCUUUUUCACAUUCUAUUUGUUAUAGAGAAUGAUAUCCAGUGAUUUAAUUUCUAGAAUUUCUUUUCUGAAGAGUUUUAACUCCCUCCCUAUAAAUUAGUCUGCAGCUUUUUUUGCUGAUUUUUUCAUAUUUUAGGGCCCACAAUCUAUUGGUUGAUCAUUUUGGCUCCUGGUUUGAAUUCAGUGUUAACCUUCUCUUAGAUGAAUUACCAUCAGUAUCAGGCUGGGAUUGAACUCCAGACCACCACUAUUUCGAGUGAGUCAGUUUAGACCACUCGGCCACCCAGCACCAUCUAGAUUUUCCUAGAUAUAUUUAGGAGCUGUAAUAUAGGAGCCUUACAAGAUUAUUUUAUUUAUGUGAAUGUGUGUAUUUUAAUAUUUGUAUCUUUCGAGCAUUAUACCUUUUCACUUGCUGUGCUGUAAGUUAGUAUAGUUUUUAUUUCUAUUUCAUUUUGGGUAUUCUUUAUAUAAAUUUAAUAGUAUUAGUACCGGGUAUAAUUAAAUGAAUAUUCUUAAUAUCACUAGCUUUGGUAUCUUUCUUUUUAUGCUGGUUUUUAAUCCUUUCUUACCCAUUGUGCAACAAAUGUGACAAAUCUUAAAACUGAUUAAAUUUGCAAAAAUAUAUAAUGGUAAGUAACAAUAUAAAAAUCAAAUAUACCGAAAUAAAACUAUAUACUAUAUUAACUUAAAGUUACAGCACACAAAAAGUGAAAAAGUAUAAUACUAGAAAUUUACAAAUGUCAAUCCACACAUACAAAUGGAAAAAUGUUGUAAGGUCUCUUGUCUUGUGAUAGUAUGUAUGACUGAUGAUUAUCGUUGUGUGUAUGAGUGAACUUUGUGACCUGAUUGCCUUGUGUUGUUUUCAUGUGGAAUGACUGGACACAGUGAGUUGUUUUCAUGAAUGUUUAGACUUAAAGGUGUCAAUAUUGGUUGGAGAACUGGAGUGAGUGAUUAUGUGAUGUGAAGUAUAAAAAGAAUGAAAAAUAAAGAUCAGUUCUUACACAGAACACAGAUGAGUUGGCAUCAUACUUUACUAUCAUAUGUCUUGUAUCUCUGGUAAAUUUUAUAUGUCUGUCGGUCCCAUUCGACCAUCUAAUAGAUUUUUAUAGUAUAAUGAGGGAGUAAGAGCCCUUCAGAAAAGAGAGUCUAGAAUUCAAUCAUCCGAGAGUAUUUUUAUCCCCCAAUGUGACCCUUCUGGAAAAAGUAAACAAACUUUCCCAUCAAGGGCAGUAGGGAAAAGGAGUGGCAUGUGUCACCAAGUUAAUUGGUGACGUCAGUAAUAAAAAGGGGGAGGUAAAGCAUGCAUAGAUGGUUCCACACCAAGCAGGGUGAACAAAAACUAGUUCAACACACAGGCUAUAAUGGUGAUAGUAAUGCAUAAACAUAGAUUGCUUUUAUUAUUAUUGAAAAUAUAGAUUUUUCAGGGGAUGAGUAUGCUCCCUUGCUACUAUGAAGUCUUACCUUGAUCUGCUUCAUUUUUUACAGCUUUAAGAAUCACAUAAAUAAAGAUGUUAUUGUAAUUUCAUGCUAAUUUAUUACUUGUACUUAUUUUCUGAGAAGCAGUAGGAUUAAAAUGUGUAGCUACACUGCCAUGUUAAGCCAGAAAAAAAAUUAAACAAAUGGUUUUAAAAUUUCAGUCUGAAAACAUUUAAAAAUGAAAUUUUUUUAAAAUAAGUGGCAGAGUAACCAUCAUCUACUCCAUGCUUUUAAGUGAUCGCAUUUAGAUUUAUUGAGCUUGACACAUCAGAGGUGGUAUAGACUAGUCAGGAACUUUAUUUAUAUAUAUAUAAUAUGUGUGUGUGUAUAUAUGGAUGUGAUUUUAAUGUCCCAGCAUUUAAAACGUUUGUGCUAUAUAGGCACAUUGGUAAUACUACUCCACUUUUUUUGCAGUGGUUGGAUUACUGUUGGUGGAAUAAGGUCCACAGGUGUAUCUGGUUCCCUAGGAAUAGGUCAGUAUGUUAGUGAGAGACUAUUAUCUGACAUGGGAGUAGAGCCCGAACGAGGAAGCAUGAGGCAAUUACUAGCAAUGCCAUGGAGACUGGAUGACAAGAGAUCAUCUUUGUUAUUUGAGCAACAUCAGUAUCAGAUAAUGCAUCCAAUGUGCUUGUAUGGCCAUGAAAUUAUUGAUAGUAAACUUUAAAAUAUUAGCUUCUAAUGGUAUGAUACCAUGUUAGGGUUUGUAAUGUAACCAGGCAUGUUCUCAUUUACCAAAUUUAAGUGCCCUGUCUCAGGGUAAAAUCAUAUAAGUAAAAAAAUAAAAUAUUUUAUCACAAAUUUGUUUUGUUUAUUUCAUAAAUUUCUUAUUAUGUAGCUGUAUUAUUCUAUUACUUUGUAUACCAAGUACACUUGUUAGAAUAUGUGGCAAAACAUCUUUAAUGUUGAUAAACUUUAUAAUAUUUUUUUCAUCAUUUAUAAUGUUAAAAUAUGAUUUCAACCCUCAAUUGGAUGUUGGGUCUGUUUCCAUUAAAUUUUAUCAAUGGUCUAAUGUGAACAACAAUUAUUGAAAGACAUGGAAGGUUUUGUAAUUUUUUAUUUUUUAAAUAGAAAUAACAUCAUCAACUCACUUAUGUACAGGAAAUGAAAUGCCAAAUAUAAGCUUGUGCUUGAUCUGAUACUAUGCUAGUGACUGAUCAAUCCAUUCUCAUAUAAAGACACUCAGUGACUGAUCAAUCCAUUCUCAUAUAAAGACACUCAGUGACUGAUCAAUCCAUUCUCAUAUAAAGACACUCAGUGACUGAUCAAUCCAUUCUCAUAUAAAGACACUCAGUGACUGACAGCAACAAAAGAAAACCAAACCCUUUAUUAAAGUUUUCAAUAUUCAUUUGCUAUGGCAGAUCUUAAAUAUAAAUACCAUUGAUUCCACUUCUACUAGAUGAAGACUGGGAAAAUAUUAAGACUUUUAAUAUAAGUUUUAUAAAGAUUGUUUAAAUAUUAUUUGGCUUCCUAUUAAGAGGGAUGAAAACUUUUAAAGUGGCUAGGACUUCAUACCUACAUUUUAUAUGAUUAAAUGCAUGUAUCAUUAUAAUGCUGUCUUACUUUUUCAUUACUAAGACUAUAUUCCAGUAAGAUGGCAUCAAAAUGUAUUAAGAUAAAUUAUUUUCAUAAUCUAAUUACUGAAAAUAGACCCUGCUCUAGAGGCAAUGAAAAACAUGCAUACCUUAUAAUUUUGCUGAAUU